UUGAAAUAGGAAGGAGCGAGAAAAGGGAGAGAGAGAGUCGGUGGACGGCGAGAAAGCGAUCUCGUCUCGUUUAUUUCCUCUGCGCUCGCGCUGUUGUCGCUGCUGUUAGCUUAAUAACAAUCUUUGUAGCUGGAUUUCCGCCUUCCGCUUCCGCCGAUCUCGCCGGAUUCGAUUCGAUCUAAUCCGAUCCGAUCCAGAAUCCGGCGUGCUAAGAGCGAAGAGGAAGAGGAGAUUAUUUCUUGACUUGAGGCAGUCAACGGAGAUUCGAGAGAGAGAGAGAGAGAGAGAGGGGUUGAGGGGGACGCAGAUCUGAAUCUGAUACAUAUACAUAGGCUCAUUAAGCUUGCAGAUCGGAGGGAGGUACGCCCUACCGACACGGAUCGCUGCUUUCCUCCCAGCCCUUUCCCUCCCCUUAACUCAAGAGGCGUCGCGUCGCCAAAACAAAGCAUCUAUUUCCAAUUGCUACCUAUCUGCUUGCUGGAUUUUGAGGAGUGCAGCAUAUCGGAGCAGGUCUUCUGGUGCAGGAGGUCUGACCAGCCUAUCUGCUUCUAGUAGCCGGUAGUCCAUCACAUUCAUUACAGCAGCAGAGAGCAAUUAGGAGUGAUCAAAAGGAAAAGAGGAUUAACUUGUUGGCAAAGUAAAAAUGGCACCCAGCACCAUCAGAAAGGCCCUGGGAACGGUGAAGGACCAGACAAGCAUUGGUCUGGCCAAGGUGUCCAGCAAUAUUGCCCCUGACCUUGAUGUGGCCGUUGUCAAGGCUACGAGCCAUGAUGAUGAGCCUGCUGAUGAGAAAUACCUGCGGGAGAUCCUCAGCCUGACCUCCUACUCCCGUGCAUAUGUGAAUGCCUGCAUUGCAACUGUGUCAAGGCGGCUGGGGAAAACCCACAAUUAUAUUGUGGCCCUCAAGUCUCUCAUGCUUGUACACCGCCUCCUGAUGGACGGAGACCCUGCUUUCCAGAACGAGAUCCUCUAUGCGACUCGACGGGGUACCCGUCUUCUCAACAUGGCUGACUUCCGGGAUGACACCCACUCCAACUCAUGGGAUCACUCUGCCUUUGUCCGGACCUAUGCCCUCUACCUGGACCAGCGGCUCGAGUGCAUGGUCUAUGAGCAGAAGCAGCAUGGCAGUGGCAAGAGCCGCUCAUACCAGUCACCAAGGGACCACUAUAGAUCUCCUCCUCGCCACUCUGAUUACAGAGAGCCUGAUGCAUACACCUAUGGAAGUUAUGGGAGGUCCUCAUCCUCAUCACCGCCAGGAAAUGGGAGCGUUGGGUAUGAAGAGAGGCAGCGGGGGGAAGAGAGGAAGCCACCAACUCCCUUGAGAGACAUGAAGCCUGAGAGGGUGCUGGGUAGGAUGCACCAGCUGCAGCAGCUACUUGAUCGCUUCCUUGCCUGCCGUCCCACUGGCGCUGCCAAGCACAGCAGGAUGAUCCUCAUCGCCCUCUAUCCCAUUGUGAGGGAAAGCUUCCAGCUCUAUGCUGACAUCUGCGAGAUAUUAGCGGUCCUUCUGGACCGAUUCUUCGACAUGGACUACCCGGACUGUGUCAAGGCAUUUGAGGCCUAUGCAAGUGCUGCCAAGCAGAUUGAUGAGCUCUGUGCCUUCUAUGGGUGGUGCAAGGAUACUGGGGUGGCCCGGUCAUCGGAGUACCCGGAGGUCCAGCGUAUCACGGACAAGCUUCUGGAGACAUUGGAGGAGUUCAUGAGGGACAAGGCAAGGAGGCCCAAGAGCCCUCCAAGGGAGACAGCCCCUGAGACGCUGGAGGAAGAACCGGCACAGGAUAUGAACAGCAUCAAAGCCCUCCCAGCACCUUCAGAUUACAAAGAGCAGCAACCAGAGCCAGAACCAGAGAAGGUGGUCGAACCACCUAAGAGGCAGCAGCAGGACACCGACUUAGUGAAUCUCAGGGAUGAUGCCUCUUCUGCAGAGGAUCAGUCUAGCAAGCUUGCAUUGGCUCUUUUCUCAGGUCCAGGGGCAGCAACCGGUACCAAUGGGUCAUGGGAAGCCUUUCCUUCAAAUGGUGCCCCUGGACAAGGUGAAGUGACUUCUGCCUGGCAAACACCUGCAGCUGAGCCUGGGAAGGCAGAUUGGGAGCUUGCACUUGUGGAGACUACAAGCAACCUUGCGAAGCAGAAGGCAGCAUUGGCCGGGGGCUUCGACCCAUUACUCUUGAAUGGGAUGUAUGAUCAGGGAGCAGUGAGGCAGCAGGUGAAGGCCCCGGUGAGCACUGGGAGCGCAAGCAGUGUGGCCUUGCCUGGGCCUGGUCAGAAGACCACUCCAGUGCUCGCCCUGCCGGCGCCUGAUGGCACCGUCGAGACCAUCGGUCAGGAUCCAUUUGCUGCGUCUCUUAGCUUUCCCCCACCUUCCUAUGUGCAGAUGGCGGACAUGGAAAACAAACAGCAGUUGCUGGUCCACGAGCAGCAGAUUUGGCAGCAGUAUGCGAAGGAUGGAAUGCAGGGCCAGGCCAGCUUGGCCAAGCUUAACAACAGCUACAACUUCCCGAAUCCAGCCAUGCCUUACGGAAUGCCAGCAGCUUAUAAUGGUGGAUAUGGCUACCCCACUUACUGAGUUUUGCUCUUCUUCGUUCGUCUGUAAUCUUUUGGUUGUAUUUAGUUUUGGGUUGCCUUGCAGCGUCAGUCAAUCUGUGUCUCUGGAUUGAACUGUUUCGACUGUCUAUUCACUAUAAUUUGGUACGUGUAUUCACUAUUGCAACUCACUUCGGUUGGUGGCAAUUUGAGAUGUUCGUUAUUUGGGCUUUUUCCCCGCUUUU